GUUCAAAGCACACACAAAACCUUUUAUCACGUUCUCUCCAAGAAAGCCCCCUCUCUGUAUAUAUACUCCGUACCAUUCUGCAAAACUGCCAAAGUAAACAAUUACCCACAACAAAAGACUCCUCGCCGUGUCCAAUAUGAGCUGGAUCAAGGGCCAGAUCAUCGGCCGCGGCUCAUCCGCCUUCGUGUCGAUCGCCGUCUCUCGCCAUUCCGGCGAAAUAUUCGCCGUUAAAUCUGCUGAGAUUUCCAAGUCGGAAUUCUUGCGAAGGGAACAACAUAUUCUCUCUAAUUUAAAUUGCCCACAAAUCGUCGAGUACAGAGGAUACGAUGUCACGUCGGAGAACAAUAAGAUCGUGUUCAACCUCAUGAUGGAGUAUAUGCCCGGAGGAACGCUCGACGGCGGCCGCCACGAUGAGUCGUCGGUCUGCCGGUACACGCGGCAGAUUGUGCAGGGGUUGGUUUACUUGCACUCGAACGGAAUAGUGCAUUGUGACAUUAAGGGCAGUAACGUUCUGCUGGGAGAAGGCGGCGCCGCGAAAAUUGCGGAUUUUGGAUGCGCCAAGUGGCUGAAUCCGGCGAGGGAUGGGCGGGAUUUGAUUGCCGGGACACCGUUGUUCAUGGCGCCGGAGGUUGCACAGGGGAAAGAUCAGGGGUUCCCGGCGGACAUUUGGUCGCUGGGGUGCACGAUCAUUGAAAUGGCCACCGGUGUCUCGCCGUGGCCUAAUUUCACCUGCCCGGCAACAAUGCUGUUCAAAAUAGCUUUUUCCGGCGAGUUGCCGCCGGUUCCGGAAUUUCUCUCCGAUCAGGCGAAGGAUUUCUUGAUGAAAUGCUUAAAAACAAAUCCAAAAGAAAGGUGGACGGCAGCCCAACUCAUCCGGCACCCAUUCCUUGAACAAUUCGGCAACUCUGAAGUACAAAAUCAACAUUCUGAUUCUGAAUCUCCGACGAGUGUUCUUGAGAAACGAAUCUGGAGUUCGGCAAUGGAGAAUCCAAAAGCCCUCCGGAGAACUGAAUCAUUCGAAUCUCCGAUGCAAAGGGUAAGAGAAUUAUGUUCCAAUUCAGAAAUCGGAUCGGAAGAGGAUGCGGAUUGGAUCACAGUCAGAAGAAGGGCAGAGGAAGGGAUCGCCAGCGAACAAAAUGUAUUAGUACGUGUCAGUUGUUGUAAUGGCCGGAGCACCGGUUUAUCACUUUUGGGGCAAACAGUUGUUGGUAAUUGUCAAAAGUCGGCACACCAAAAAGAAAGGGUAGUUAAUCAGUUACCGUUAUUUUAUAUAUCUUCCUCUUCUUAUUAGGGGUGUUUGGAUCCGAUUCUUAAAACUGUUUCUGCUCCUUCAGAAGGGAGCAGAAGCAGAAGUUAGAGUGUUUGGAUGAAAAUACAAAAGUGAUUCUGGUGCUCUAAUUUACUCCUAGAAUCAGUUUUUUUACAAGCUGGGGGUACCAGCUUCUGAAAACUGAUUCUGAUUCUGCUCUGCUUUAAAAAAGAAGCAUAAGCAUAAUCAGUUCCAAACACCCCCUUAGUCUCUCAAUUCAAUCCCUUUUCAAGUCAACAUUAAACAUUCACAAAUGGCUCCACAAUUACCGAAAAAUAUAUAGAAAGUAAGGAUUAAGGAGCUUGUUAAUUUAGUCAUGUAUAGAAAAUAAUUAUUAAUGAUGUUGUUCAUAAGACUCAAAUUUUCUUUUAUGGUCUGAUAUAAUUUGAACUUAACUGGUUUGGUAGAUAUAUGUUUUAUGUGUAUUUAUAAUUGUCGAAAUUUGGUCUCGUCUAGUUUAGGAUUAAAACCAGUCCAGUUUGAAGCAUCCCAAAAAGGAUGUUGAUGUGAUAUAUAUUAAUCCCAUAC